ACGGAAGUUAAUUAUUUUAAGGAAGAAAAUUCCGCAAAUUAGAAAUGAUUUAGUAACCUUGUGACUGCACAAUAACAACCAAUCUAAAUUUCAUCAGCAUUAACUGGUCUGUACGGACAGGUCUUUGAAUCGUUGAUGCUACACCUAAAACUCAUAAAGUAAACUUGAGAAAAAAGAGGGAUUAAAAGGGAUUAAACAUCAGGAACAAUGACUUGGUUUCCUGUACUUCUGCUUGUCCUCAUGCAAGCUCAUGAACAGUAUUGUGCAGUUCAUGUAAUGGAGAUGAACACUAUGGCCGACCCGCAACAAAGCACCAGCACACCAUCCAACAGUUUGUCUGUGAAUUCACAGAAACUAGUAAAUCAGGAGGAGGCAACCGCUGCGAAGACAAAAUACACACUUGGAUCUGUUCUGACUUCAGAAAUCGCAACCGAUGUUAAGGAAGCAGUUGAUCAUAACCUUAAAAGACGACAGGGUUCAUCUAACGAAUCUUUGUAUAACACACGUCCCUUGGUGAACCUAGGAAGUUUGGAUAAAUCAGGAUUUAACUUAGAUCAAGAGAAUAUAAAAGAUGAGUGUAGAAAUUUUACGGUUUGGAACCAAAGUAGAGAAUUUUUUGAAAGUCGGCUCUUAAGCACGAAGGCAAAUUUUAUACAGCUAGCGAUUUCAUUUGAUCAUGGCGUAGAAGUGAACAUAACACGAGAAGCCUUUCUUGCCAAAGUCUGGUUCUGGACGUAUACAAACAAUGAAGGAAAGCAUCCAUACUUGCAGUGGCCAAUUGACCACGGGGUGUUAUCGUUUGGCCUUUUGUCAUAUAAAACUACAAGCAUUCCGUACAUCCAACUGAAGGCAAGCCCGGAAUCAUGUCAUAUAACACUUGGUACAGAAGAUGCUGCACGGAAGAUAUCUAGGGCGCUUGCUGAAUUGGUUCAGACAAAACAAAGCCAAAGCCGCUACCCCAUCAACUACUUUUGUUACCUUGCUGAGGCGCCUGGAGUGAGAUUUUCAAUUGCGUAUUACGCAGCUUUAUACGCCGUUUUACCGCUUUCGUUUAUCAACUACAACUGCUGCAAAUCGUCAUUUCGUUUUGAAAAUAGAUCAUAUGAGUAUGACUGUUUUAAAUACCAAAUGGAAAAAUGGCGUCAGAUGUUGAUAGCACCUUACAUGCUAGGUGUACUAAUCGCUUUGUACUUUCCAAUACUUUUAUACCGUUUUAACGCAUGGCUUACCGAAAAUGAACCUGUUUCAGAGAUUAACGAUCAAGACGAAGCGGAACGUGUGGAAUUGUGUGAGGUCAAUACGAAAUCUUCUUGGAUGUUUCUUGAUGGAAAGUCUCCACUGACUGCCUCGGACGUCUUUGGCUCUGUUUUCAAUGGAGUCAAACAGAAAUUCCCAAAUGGGUUCCCCAGAAUACGAAGACUGGUGUUAAUACUACUGAUACCAAGUGUUAUAUUUGGCCAGAUACUCAUGUACAUGGAUGGUGUUGGCGUAAAGGAUCACAUAAUAACGAUGACAAAUUUUGCAAGGCACGGUACACCCUUGGGUUUUUUGUCAGUACUUGUACACCCAAAGUAUCGAGAUGAAGUUUUUGUUCCACUGUUAGGAGGUCCAUUUGUUAUUUUUGGCAUGUACUUUGUCUUUGGAAUAGUUGUUGUUGUGCUCCCGAGAAGUUUUAAAACUGUUACCGAGAACGGUUUGCCCACUACUCGCAGCUUUUCACCUCUGUUUCUCGGAACUGAUGAGAUAUUUAGACUAGCUCUUCUCACAACGAAAAAAGACCCUGGGUACGAGAAAGCUGCUUAUCUUUUUCAGGCUAGCUUUUGCAUGCUUUUUAUUGGCGGCUUUUGGUCUAGAGUAUUCGAAAUACAGAAGCCGCGGUUUUGUGAUUUCAGCAAAUAUAAAUAUCUAAAUAUUUGUCUUAAGCUAUUGAUAUAUCCCUUUCUAGUUUGCGUGUGCGCCAUAGAGAUUGCUGUAUGCUUAGUGUAUUAUGCGUUUCCAUUGCUUGGUUUGUUUGCUAUAACCGUUAAGGGUACUACUUUGUCAAUGAAAUACGCAAAACAAAAGCUAUUUAUAUGCAUUUUUCAAAAUCCAAUUACAUCCGUCUUUUUCACUCUUACUGUUUCCUCAAUGAUUUUAUGUUUAACCUAUUGCUUGAUUCUUAUUUUUGUUCAAAGUUUUACUUUCAUGUGUCAGGUCAUUAUGCUUUGUUUCGUCGCAGUGAUUGUGUAUCCCUCUGUUGCGUUCGGCUAUCUCUUUUUCUGUGUGGUUCUUGUUUAUUAUAUUGUCCGGCUCGUGCGGGAUUUCGGGGACGGCUACCUCGCCUUGUUUUCUACGGUUGUAGAGCAGUCUAUCAUGAUAGAAAGUAAUAUUAACAAUGUGUCUUUUCAUGACGGACAUCUUGAACUAUCCAACCUAAGAGUAGUGGAACUUAAAUCAAUUCGAAUUAACGGAAAACUUAUCAACACACCGCAAAAUGUCCUCAACGCUAUCGCGGACUCACAGGUCUUACCGAAGGUUAAAACCACUGAUAACACGCAUGGGAUUCCCAAAAGGCUAUUUUUCAGUAUUGUCAAGAAAUUUCGCCCGGUCCAUCGGGAGGUACUCAAAUUUAUUAUCCACAUAACGGUCAUCGGAGCACUAGUUUACUUCACUUUGGAUAUCACGUAUUCGUUCGUUCCCGUUCUUAAUUCCGAGAUCUCUGAAGUUAUGCAUGUGGUGUUUGUCGUCAUCAUCGGAGCGCUACCUCGUGUUCUGGAACUAGCGAUGACGAACGAUAGCGGAAUGAUAAAGAAGGAGAUCGAGGAGCGAAUGAUAAAACAAUACAUCAUAGAAUUUUGGCAAAAGGAACGUAUAGCAGAAGAGGCCUAUCACGUUACUGUUGAUACCUGAACGCACGCUGAAUAUAAGGUCAACUGUCCCAAUUCCAACGUUUCAACAUAAUCACUUCCCCACUGACUUGUUAUGUUUGCAUAAAAACAUGAUGCGUGUAUAUUAUGUACAUGUUUGUGAAUAAAAUGUAUCGAGCAUGCCAUUAAAAAAAACAAGGUUCGGGUUUUUAUUUUAUUAAGGUGUGAUCAACGAUACUUAAAUAAGAAUACAAACAUAUAUUACAUAUAUAUUCACGCGAUUUAUUAUACAUCAAUGCGAUUUUAGUUCACCACUUUUAAUAUUCACGAUACGCGAAUAAGCAAAACAGAUUUUCUACAAAUAUUUUUCUAUAGGAUAUUUAUUUAUUGUGUUCUGUUUUAUUCAUGUUUACAUCUUUGUUUGUGAGGUCUUUCGCUGUUUAUAACUUAUUCUUAUUUCAUGUUGAUUAUUGAUUUUCAAAGCGUU